AUGAGGCGCAGUCGCGGGCUGGAACCACAACUCGACACACCACAGCACACGGGCAGCCGAGCCCAUGGUGCACCCAAAAUGGUGGCGGCAACAGCAUCAAGUGAACCAAACAGUGUAUCUGCAAGGGAGGCUCACAGCGACAUUAUGCAGAGUGUGGAAGCUGCAUUUGCCUGA